AGAGUGCGGGAGCGUACAAAAUUCAAACUGUAUGGCGGGCAGUUGAAGUCUGCAGAGGAAAAAAAGAGAAGACAAUAGAUUUAGUCGUGAGAGUUUGAUUCAAAGUGUUUAGAAAAUGACAAGCACUUUGAAGGGAAUUACUCUUAAAGGAAGCGCGGAGCUAGUGGCUGAGUUCUUUUCUUUCGGCAUCAACAGCAUCCUGUAUCAGCGGGGCAUCUAUCCUCCUGAGACGUUCACCAGAGUCACCCACUAUGACAUGAGCCUUCAACUCACUACCGACCCCAAGCUGAAGAACUAUUUGACCAACGUGGUGUCUCAGCUUAAAGAGUGGCUGUUCGAGUGCACUGUGCAGAAGCUGGUGUUGGUGAUCACAUGUCUGGAAACCAACGAGGUGCUUGAGAGAUGGCAGUUUGACAUUGAGUGUGACAAGUCAUCCAAAGAGAGCAGUGUUCCCAGAGAGAAGUCCAUUAAGACCAUUCAAGAUGAGAUCCGCUCUGUCAUCAGGCAGAUAACAGCCACCGUUACUUUCUUGCCCUUGCUGGAGACACCAUGUGCUUUUGACCUCCUGGUUUACACAGACAAGGACCUGGUGGUUCCAGAUAAAUGGGAAGAAUCAGGGCCACAGACUAUUGAUCAAUCAGAGGAGGUGCGUUUACGCUCUUUCACAACCUCAAUCCACAAGGUGAACAGCAUGGUGGCAUACAAGAAGAACGACUCAGUUUGAACCUCUAAACCAUGUAAGCUGUUAUAGCACCAACCACUGAUCGGUAUAGAAAACCAGUAGAUGUGAACUCUGUUAACAUGCCCUGUCCUGCUUAACUGCCUGCACCUGGAUGGACAAUGAGAACCCACUUUCCAUUUUUGAGUUUCACUGUGUUGUAUAUGUCAAUGUGAUAAAGACGUGCAGGCAAUGUGUUCUGUCUACAUUGAUGUAAAUAUUUCUCCUGUCUUAGCAAACAACUGUCUUUUCUUUAGUGUUUGCUAAGCUUUCAGUCUGUUUUAGAAGAUAGUAGUAUAUAUGUUCAGCUUUUAUAAAA